AUGGAAGGACUUCAAACAGUUAUACAAAGGCUUAGCGUUCCAAGUUUUAACAUUAAUGUGGAAAUAAUACAGGAGGUACUAAUAGCAACGAAGAAAGCUAGCAUUGAGAAUGAAAAGUAUGAAGAAUUUGAUAUCAUAUUAGAAAUGUUAUGGGACCAUUUGAAUACUGGACUUGAAGAAUUUGAUGAUCAAUUACUUUGUUCAACAUGUUUUUAUAAUGUUCUAAGCAAGUCAACAAAACAAGAUUUCUAUCUUAAUCAGAUCCUAAUAAUAAUAAAUGAUGAGCUAGAAAUUAAAAAGAAAAAUCAUGAGAACAUAAGUUUGGCUACAACUCUUUGUUAUGGCCUCUUCCAAUCCUCAUAUCUCACUAAUGAUUUCACAAAUACAGCAGUACUUGAAAAUACUAUGAAAUCAAUUUUCAAAUUGUUAGUAAGAAUUUCAUAUGAGUAUACACAGUAUACAUUUAUAGCAUUCAAAACUAUGAGCUCAUUUAAAAAAGUGAUCGGAACACCUUUAGAAAUGACAAUUUUCAGUAAUGAAAAUAAAAUUAAAAUACUGCAUGCAAUAAACAAUAAUUGGGAGAAUCCUAUAACAGGAAUAAGAAACUUGAACAGAAUUUUAUUCCAAACAUUACUGCAAGUUAUUGAUGAUGAUAUGUUGUCACAAAUAAUAAAAGAAAUAAAUACAUUUUAUUGGAACAAAGCAAAAUAUUUGAUGCUGACUGAAGUGAUUCUUAAGUACAGUGGGAAUGUUGAGGAUUAUGUGUUGAAGAAUAAAUGGCUCAGAGGUUUAUUGAAUAGUUUAUACAAGCCUGGUUUGGUAUCUGCUGGCGCUGAUAUGUAUUAUGCUAUUUUGGAGAAGCUUAAUUCAGAAAACUGUUGGAUAACAUUAUUCCUGGAACCUGUUAUAAAUCUUCUUAAAGGAACCUCUUUUCAAGCUAUAGAGAAUUUUAAGAAUUACUGGUGUUUGAAUACUUUCAAGAAGUUUCCUACAUUAGCCAAUGAUUUAGUUCAGCAUUUGAAACUCGCCAGUGAUUCAGAAUUAAAGCUAUACAGCAUUUUAUGUGUUCUGAAACAAGCCAACAAACUUGCUUUAAUUGAAAGAAAGUGGACCACAGCAACUCAUAAUACUAAUGAACAACUUUUUGCCUAUAGAGAGAUUGAUUGUGGCAGUUAUAGCAAAGAAAACAUAGUGAAAUCAAUAAUAGAAGGGAAACAAUUGCAUGCAUAUUUAGGAAUAUUGUUUGUUAUUUUCGAUACAUCCCUUAAAACGGGAUCCAAAAUUCCCAUCGAUUAUGAGAGUAUUAAGAAACUAGUGGACAUUUUAGAAAUAAUAUCUAAACAGUUUGCUUGGGAAGAAGACACUUUAACAAGUUCAGAUUUUUCGAAAAUGAACGAUAUGGUACAGACUCUUAUAAAUAAUUCUGAAUAUGCUGAAGAGAAUAAUCAAGACCAGACAAAGAUUUCAGGUUUUCAUCAAAUAGUUCUGAAUUGUCUAUGGCUAAAUGUUAAGGCAGCUUGUGAUUUAGCAUCUUUGCUUAUACUGUAUUGCAAAGAAUAUGUAGCAGUUUGUGAAAAAUGUUUGCACAUAAUUAUGCUUGUUCUAGAAACUUCAAGGCAUAAAGGUGCCAUAGAAGCGGCUGGAGCUGCCUUAGGCCAAGGAAUCAAUUACUUGACAUCAACAAAGCUGCCGCCAGAGGUUUCACAGUUACCUUUUAUUUUAUUAAAGAAAAAAUUAAAUGAGCUUUUAUAUGAAACAGCAAAAAUGUCCUCUGUAACAAGAAGGGGUGCCGGUUUGUCAAUAAUGGUGCAUAGAAUUGUUAGCAAUGAUAGGAAAAAAGGAAAACCUCUGUUUCAUUAUUUUAUGGGAGAAUUAUUAACAACAUGCAAAACUUUGGAUCAAAAUUGUGAGGUCGAGGAAAGUGACAAAGAUCUGCCUAAAGCUAUUUAUAUACAUUUCCUGACAAGAAUUGUAACUGAUAGCAGUUUAGCUUCAGAUAUUAUGUAUUAUUCGGCUGAUCUUGCUGAAUUAGCUUUCGAUAAUCUUACCAACACAAAUUGGCAGAUCAGGAAUGCUGCUCUCCAGUUAUAUGGUGCAUUAAUUCCAAAAUUAAUAGGUCAAAAAAAAGCUUCUGGGAUGGAUGAAGAAACUGUGGCUACUGUUGCAUGUGAUGAGUUCCUAACUCACUCUCCAAAGCUGUGGAAGUAUAUUAUCAAAGAAAUUAAUAACAAUGAGUCUAAUGACAUCAUUCAGACACAUUCAAAUUUAGUUCCAAUAUUAAAUGUGCUAGCAAAUAUUGCAAGGCGAUACAAUUUCUCAUGUGAUCUUAAAGGACAAAGCAAUUUAGAACUAGAUUUGCUAAAUAAUCUUACAUCACUACUAGGAAGUCCUAUUUAUACAAAAAUCACAUUCAUGGUUGUAUAA